AUAAAAGAGCUCUACCGGGAAAGGUUAAUAACCUUAGUUUAGGAAAUAAAAACAUUGAGUUCAAAGUGUCAACAAAGUUAACAAAGUUGUAACAGUAAUAAAGCCUGUAGCCCUACUCCUAGAUUUAUUCAUUGGACAAAAUGGCAAGCGUCACUAAAAUAACGAAAGAGGAUUUUGGUCAAACUCAAGAUGGAAAAAAAGUUACAAGAUAUACACUGACUAACAGCUCUGGAGCAAAUGUUAAGAUUUUAGAUCUUGGAGGAAUAGUCAAUGAAAUCAAUGUUCCUGACAAAGAUGGCAAACUAGGGGAUGUCACUCUAGGUUUUGACCAAGUUAAAGAUUAUGAAGAAAAGCCAGGAUACAUAGGUGCAUUGAUUGGCCGUGUAGCCAACAGAAUAGCUGGAGGUCAGUUUACAUUAGAUGGGCAAACUUACAAUCUGUUUAUAAAUAAUGGAAAAAACUCACUUCAUGGUGGCAAGAUUGGUUUUAAUAAGAAAAUUUGGGAUGUUAUCGAACAAAAUGGAAGUCUAGUGUUGCGGUAUGUAAGCCCUGACGGGGAGGAGAACUACCCAGGGGAGUUAAGUGUCACUGUGACCUACAGUUUCAGCGAGGACAACAAACUGACUAUUGAGUACAGCGCCUCUACAGACAAGGCCACGCCAGUCAACUUGACCAACCAUGCUUACUUUAAUCUUGCUGGACAUGGCACUGGCCAUAUUAAAGAUCAUGUGGUUACUUUACAUGCUAAACAUUAUCUGCCCUUGGAUGAAAACAUGAUUCCUACUGGAGAAAUCAGACCUGUCGCAGGUACAGAAUAUGACCUGACCUCUCCGGUGCGUCUUGGUGACCGUCUGGACAAAGUACCUAGUGGAAUGGGAUUUGAUAACAAUUUCUGUUUGGACAAUAAUGAGAAGCUUGACAUAGUCACAAGAGUUGACCAUCCCCCUUCUGGGCGCUACUUGGAAGUGUGCACUGACGAGCCGGGGAUGCAGUUCUACACUGCCUAUUGGCUGGCAGACAUGACUGGUAAAGGUGGAGCUGGCUACGGUAGAUUCUGUGCAUUCUGUCUUGAGGCACAGCAUUAUCCUGACAGUGUCAACAAGCCUGAGUUUCCUAGUACUAUCCUGAGACCAGGACAACUUUACACCCAGACGACAUCUUACAAGUUUGGACUUCUGUAGACUUGAUCUUUCUGUUUACCAAAACAUGCCAGAUGGAUAGCUAACAGAAAACCUUUGAUUUGAUUUUUUGUGUUUAUUUUAUAACCAGACGUUUUCUUAUGUCUUGUGGGAAUAUAUUUCUAUGGACCAGCAUACCAUUUCUUUUUCUUGACAAUUUGAUCUAAAUGGUUGUGAUCACAUGCUCUGAAUUCCUAUUAUAUUGUUUUCAAACGCAAGGUAAAACAUUUUCAAGUUUGUGUAUUGGGGAGUAGAAAAUAUGUGCCUGAUGCAGGUUAAUGACUUAAUGUUUGGGAGUAUGGGAUAUGUGACUUAUGCAUGUUAAAACAAUCUGUGCGAAAAUGUAGAUUUGUUAGUAUGAAUAUUGAGAGUUCAGAUCUGUGUUGUGUAUCUUUUUGUCUACAGUUCAGAUCUGUGUACUGCAUCCUUAUGUUGAGCUAGUUAUUAGACUUUUAGUGCUUGAAAAUUAUUGACACAAAAGUUGUGUCAGUCCAAGUAACUUUGUUGACAGCAAACGUUGUCCAAUUAAGUCUUACAUGUGCUGCCUAUUGUAUUGCUGAAUAUUUAGUGAGUUGCUGAGCCCUAACAAUAACCAGAUUAUGUUCUUCUUACUAUGCCAGGUUUUUUUGUAUUUAUUGAAUUCCAGUUUUUCUACUUGAAUGUUGAAUAGAAAAAAAAAGUACCAUGGUAGUAUAGAACUUAUGCUUCAACCUGUUGCUGUUGGUAUGGUCUAUGUGGGAAGCUUAUAAGGGGCAUGACAUGGCCACUAUUGUGCCGAAAAUUCAAAAUAUCAAAUCGGAAGCCUACAGUUUUAUGCGGCAUUGAUUUUAUAUUGAAAGAUUUGGUCUGUGCUAUGUCAGGGCCGACCUUUGAUAAUUUGGAGGCCCUAGGCAAAGUGAAUUUGGUGGCCCCAAAUGAAAUAGAAAAAUAAAAAAUAACAGUGAAAAAAAUAAAAUUAUGCAUUCUAUUAAAAACUGAGUGUACACCAACAAUAACAUUGAGAAAUUGUUAAUAGUCCUGUGCAAGGCCCCCAGCAAUUGGAGGCCCUAAGCGGCUGCUUAGUUUGCCUAUGCCUAAGGCUGGCCCUGGCUAUGCUUAUAUUUCCCCAGAUGUCAUAAAUAACUCAAAGAAGCUCCACAUAUAAAAAUCACUACACAAAAACACUUUUGAUUCACAUGCCCAUGUCUUCACUCAACUGGCUGAUAUCAAAAUAGUAUUAUUUGUAUUCUUUGUCUUGCACUUGCCUGUUUGUUGAUGUAAUCAUGUCAAAAGACUUUGUAAUAAGAUGCACAAUGGAUAGAUAAUGAAGUGAACAUUAUAGGUAUUGUAUAUAGUUAUUGAAGUUUGGAUAAUUAUAGCUCCCGAUGGUCACAUAUGCUAUGACCGGUUUAUAAAAUUACUUCAGUCCUUUGGAGAGUAUUAUGCGCUGGUAUUUAAAGGCUUUGUUACUUAAGUUUAUUAUGUAAUGACCUUAUUAUUAUUUUUUUUUUUGGUUUGGAGGGGGGGGGGGUUUACGAGUCCAUUCCAUUUCAAAUGGAUUAGUGUACAUUUAUUGUUUUGGUGGUGGUGGUCAAGUGGUGAAGAGUUUGGGCUUGGAAACUCUACCAUCCAACUCUAACGGGUGUCUGACUUACGUCGGGGAAGUAAAGGUGGUUGGCCAUUGUGCUGGCCACAUGACACCCUCAUGAAACUGUCGGCCAUAGAAACAGAUGAGCUUUACAUCAUUUGCUCCCAAGGUCUGGGCGUGUUGAGGUGCUCGAGAUCUAGCUGUGGGCAGAUCUAGCUGUGGGCAGAUCUAGCUGUGGGCAGAUUUAGCUGUGGGCAGAUCUAGCUGUGGGCAGAUCUAGCUGUGGGCAGAUCUAGCUGUGGGCAGAUCUAGCUGUGGGCAGAUUUAGCUGUGGGCAGAUCUAGCUGUGGGCAGAUCUAGCUGUGGGCAGAUUUAGCUGUGGGCAGAUCUAGCUGUGGGCAGAUCUAGCUGUGGGCAGAUCUAGCUGUGGGCAGAUUUAGCUGUGGGCAGAUCUAGCUGUGGGCAGAUUUAGCUGUGGGCAGAUCUAGCUGUGGGCAGAUCUAGCUGUGGGCAGCUAAUUUCUACUUUAUUUCUGUUGACGUUGAUGGCAGACUUGACUUUUGAUAUUCAACACUCUAUGCAAUAAAUGUUUACAGUUGGUUUUAUGA